UCAAUGAAAAUCAAAAUCUUCAAAAAUUCCUUUCGAUUCAUUAUGUUUUUCCAUCAACAAAACUGUUCUAAUUAUUAAUAAACCUCCAUAUUUCACAACAUAAUGGAAAGUUUCAAUACGAUCCACCGUCCUAUAUCCCACAUAUUAUAUGCCUUGUUCAUAAUUUUCUCAACUACUAUUCCAAUCUCUCUAUGCGAGAUCAAGAACACAAGAAUCGUCGACGAUUCCCGGGCUUUGAUCUUGUUCGAAAAAUUCGGAUUUUACAAGAAUGGUCACGUAUCGAUUUCACUCGAAGAUGUUUCAUGGAAGCUAUCUAACCAAGAGAGAAAUAAAAAAUCACACCUCAAACCUUCUUCCAUGGGAUUCUUCCUUGUUCGACACCCGGCAUACACACAAAUCCUCAUAGAAUCCGAGACCAACAGAAACUUCUGCGUUUUAUCAAGCCAAUACAUAAAACCCAUAUUCAAUUUCGAAAAGCUCUCAGACAACAAAAGCUACGACAAUGGCGUCUCAACCACCAUCGAAGAAUCAGACGAAUACAGUUUGGUUUUCGGGAAUUGCCAGCCAGAGUUCCAAGUAUCAAUGCACGUUCAUACAGAAAUGUACAACGAUUUACCAAACGGUGGAAAAGAUUUCCUUCCCGCGGGUCAAACCAACUUGCCCCAACUCUAUUUCCUUUUCUUCCUCCUCUACGUCUUGUUCCUCGGGAUUUGGAUCUUAAUCUGCAUGAAACAAAGAAACACUGUGGAUAAGAUCCAUGUGGUUAUGGCCGUUUUGCUUCUCGUCAAGGCAUUGAAAAUGGUAUGUGCAGCAGAGGACAAAUGGUACGUGAGGAAUACCGGAACGCCGCAUGGUUGGGAUAUUGCUUUUUACAUCUUCGGAUUCUUCAAAGGGAUUAUGCUUUUCACCGUCAUCGUUCUCAUAGGGACUGGAUGGUCAUUCUUGAAACACUACCUUCAAGAAAGGGAAAAGAAGGUUUUAAUGGUAGUGAUUCCUUUGCAGGUUUUGGAAAACAUUGCUUCUGCUAUUGUUGGAGAGACUGGUCCUGCAACCAAGGACUGGAUGACGUGGAAUGAGACGUUCUUGUUAAUUGAUAUUGUCUGUUGCUGCGCUGUGUUUUUUCCGAUUGUUUGGUCGAUCAGAAACCUGAAAGAAGCGUCGGAGACCGAUGGGAAAGCUGCUAGGAACCUUGAAAAGCUAACGCUUUUCAAGCAGUUCUAUAUUGUUGUCGUGGUGUACUUGUACUUUACUAGGGUUGUGGUUUUGUCUAUAGGAGCUAUUAUUAGUUAUAGGUAUGAAUGGGUUUUGCAAGCUGCUUCGGAAUCAGCGAGUUUGGCUUUCUAUGUGUUUAUCUUCUAUAAUUUUCAACCGGCUGAGAGGAAUCCAUACUUAAAGAUUGAUGAAGAUCAUGAUCAUCAUGAUGAAAAUUCUGCGGGCCAGAUUCUAGAAGAAGACGAUGACCCAUUUGAGUUGUAGCACUCUUCUUAUUUUCUAUGAUCGUAGCAAGCACAUUAUUCAAUAUAUGUAGAUCUUCUAGAUAUUUUGUAAAGUAAUUUAAUGUAUGCAAACUCUAUGAGCAAGGACUUGAAUU